ACUUUUCUCCACCUGCAAAAUAUACGGUGUGAUCCACCUCUUCGGGAGUCAGUUCGCAAUUGAAGGUUUAUAGAGGAACCCUAUGCCUGUUUGUCAUAAUUUGGUAGAGCAAUUUUAAGUGAGAAAGCGGGAUUGCACAACUUUGCACAAUCCGUUUGCACAUUUUUGUGUGCUCGAGCAUCUUUUAUGUGCUUAUUGAAUUUAAGCGAAGAUGGCGCAGAAAGAUAUUUGUAUUAGAUAUUUGUUAAAUGUUAUGCAACUCAACUUUCACCAUAUUUUGUAACCAUGGUGACGUCUUGAUGUUUACUUUUCUUUGUUUUUCCUUCCUUCGUUUUUCCGUGCAUGUUUUUUCAUUCAUAUUUUUAAUUUAACUCCCCGAAAUUAUCUCAACACAAAAAUAAGUAAAUCAUCCCCUUUUUUGUUUCUGCACAUGCGCAAUUUUCGCUUGAAUUACUGAAUUUGAUUGACAAUGACGAAAGUAUAACAAAGCUGCAUGUUUUUCUCCUAUUUCAGUAACGAAUUUCCGCCUGAGGAAGGUUAGAAUAUGCUAUAUUUUUAAAACAAGGAUCGUUAUGAAUGGAAACUUUUGUGAUGAUAAAUUCUGGGAUCUUAACAAGACUUGGUAUAGUGAAAUCCCAGAUUUCUCACAAUGUUUUCAAGACACAGCAUUGGUUUCUGCUCCAUCUUUGAUGUUUAGUUUUAUAUUUUUUAUUAAUAUUAUUUUACUUCCAAAGAUAUCUACCAAAGAUCUCAAAGAUAUCUACCAUGGACAUGGUUGAAUAUUUCAAAACUGGUUUUAUCUCUAAGUUUACUAAUACUGAGUAUUAUGUGGUGUGGCAUUGUCAUAUGCCAGAAAGUCACAACAUUCAAUGUACCUCACUCUGUUAUAUUAUCAUCAUGUUCAAGGGUUAUUUUAUUUAUUACAACUACUGUAAUUUUAUUGAGGCAUAGAACAUCUGGUGUCACUACAUCAUACUUGCUGUCGAUAUUUUGGUUGUGUUUCUCAUUAAUAAGUUUAAUUCUCCAUAGAUCUGCAAUAUUGAACUAUUUUGUUUUAGAUUUAAAACCUACAUCAGAAACUGUCUUUGUUUUGAGUAUGAUUGUGUACCCAUUUAUAUAUGUGCAGUUGAUUUUAUCUGUUUUUGCUGAUGAAAAAAGUUUAAAUUCUUUACAGCCCAGUAAAGUUAUUGAUGAUGUAUCCAUAUUUUCAUUCCUCUCAUUUGCAUGGUUUAACAAGUAUAUUUAUUUAAGUACACAGAAAUUUCUGUCAGUUUGUGAUCUUGGAUUAAUUAGUAUCAGACUUACCACAAAGUAUUGUUAUAAUGCAUUUACAAAUCAUUGGAACUUUUAUCAUUAUCCUGAAUUACUAAAAUCUCAUAAUCUUAUGUGGGCUUUGGUAAAAUCCUUCUGGCCAUGGGUUACUAUUUCACUAAUUUGUGAUUUUCUAUUUAUUAUAACUCUUCUGCUGCCACCUCUUUUAUUAGAUCGUAUUCUUGAUUUUGCGGAACAUGAUGAUUAUCCCUGGAGAGGAUACUUUUAUGCCUUGAUAAUAUUUUCAGUGGAUUUUGUUGGAAAAAUUAUACAAAAUAAUGCUAUUUAUCUGUUCAUGAGUUGUGGGGUACAAAUGAAGUCAGCUCUAAUGAAUUCUAUAUUUAGGAAGAAUUUAUUGUUAUCAACAGUAUCAAGAAAAGGGCUAACAAGUGGAAACAUAGCAAAUCUUUUAUCGACUGAUGCAGAAAGAGUUUACCAAUUUACUUGGAAUCUUUCAAUGUGUAUUGUUUGUCCUAUUAAAAUAAUAUUGAUUGUCGGAAUAAUGUAUCAAUACAUUGGACCAUCAAGUUUGUCUGGUGUUGUAGUUAUAAUUCUGUUAUUUCCUGUUAGUAUUGGCUUAGCUAGAGUUGGUGCAAGACUUAAUGAGAAAUAUAUGAAGCUUAAAGACACACGUUUGAAGCAUAUGACUGAAGUUCUUAGUGGUAUAAAGAUUCUAAAAUUGUAUGCCUGGGAAAUAUCUUUUUCUAGAAAAAUUGAUAAAGCUAGAAGAGAAGAGUUGAAAUUAAUUCUGUAUGACCAGAUUUGCUUUGCUAUCGAGCAGUUCGUUUUCUUUUGUGCCCCAGUUAUGGUUUCUACGGCCAGUUUUGCUACAUUUUUACUUGCUGAUCGUAACAAUGUACUGGAUCCCACCCGAGCGUUUGUUACUCUUACUCUUAUGAGCCAGUUACGUUAUGCUAUGUUUGAACUUCCAGAAGCUAUAAAUGAAAUUGUUCAAUGCAAUGUUGGCAUAGGAAGACUUAAAAAAUUCUUGACGCUUGAAAAUAAAGAUCUCACUACUGUUGGAAAUUUUCCUGAUGAAGGAAAAGUUGUGUCAAUAAGACAAGCUACAUUCACAUGGGAUUUGGAUAUUUCUCCCGUACUUGUCGAUAUUAAUCUGCACAUUCCCAUGGGCAAGUUGGUUGCUGUGAUUGGACCUGUAGGUUGUGGAAAAUCUUCAUUACUUUCUUCCAUCCUGGGAGAGCUGUAUAAAAUGUAUGGUUCAGUGGAUUUAAAAGGUAACAUAGCAUAUGUACCUCAGGAAGCUUGGAUUUUAAACAAGACUUUAAAGGAAAACAUCCUACUGAUGAAAUCCAUGAAAGAAGAUAAGUACAAUAAGAUUUUAGAUUUGUGUUGCUUGAGGCCUGAUCUGGAUAUUUUACCUUCUGGUGAUGAAACUGAAAUUGGAGAGAAGGGUGUGAAUUUAAGUGGAGGACAAAAACAACGAGUUAGUUUAGCCCGAGCUAUAUAUCAAAAUCGGGAUAUUUAUCUUUUGGAUGAUACACUAAGUGCUGUUGAUGUACAUGUGAGGAAAGCUUUAUUCGAUGAUGUUAUUGGCAAUGAAGGUUUAUUAAAGAAAAAGACUAGGAUUCUUGUCACGCAUGAUGUAUCUAUGCUUCAUAAAGUGGAUCUAAUUGUUAGUAUGAAAGAUGGACAAAUUGAGGAAAUCGGAACAUAUCAAUCUUUAAUGGAAAACAAUGGACCUUUUACAAGUUUUAUUCAGGAACAUUCCACCAAUAAACUUAAUGAAGAAGAGCCAAAAGCAAUUAAAAGGUUUUUGUCGCAUCAAAGUUCUUCAGACUCUAGGACUUUUGAUGGGGAUUUUGAUAAAGAAUUGCAUACCAAAGAUAUGAAUAUAGUUCAAGCAUACAGAUUAACAGAUGAUGAGACUAUGGAAGUUGGAAAUGUAAAAAUACAAAUUUAUUGGAAAUAUAUUCGAAAAACUGGGAUAUUAAUGGCUACAUUUAUCCUGCUUGGUUAUUUGUUUUACACUGUUUUUGAUACUGCGGCAAAUAUUUGGAUUAGCAAGUGGAGCUCUGAUCCUCAUAUAAAUGGAAUUCAAAACACAUCUUCAACAAUUUAUAGACUUGAAAUUUAUGGAGCUUUAGGACUUUCUCAAGCAAUAUCUAUUCUUAUUGGAACCUGUGCACUAAUGUAUGGUGCAUUUCUGGCUUCUGGACGUUAUCAUAAUAAAAUGUUGGAUUGCAUUUUAAAGUCACCAAUGGCGUUUUUUGAGAGCACACCAAUGGGAAGGAUCAUGAACCGAUUUAGUGCGGAUAUGGAUGUUUUAGAUGUUCAAAUGGCUGGUUGCUUUGAUGGAUGGAUAAACUGCCUCUUCUUUUCUCUGGCUUCUUUUUAUAUUAUAGGAUCAAGCACUCCUAUUUUUCUCGUAACUUUGGUACCUCUUGGAAUUAUAUACUACAUAUUACAAAAAUUACAUCUGACUGCUAUAUGGCAAAUAAAAAGAUUGGAAUCCACCACAAAAUCACCUAUUUACAGCCAAUUAUUAGAAUGCAUUCAAGGUGUAUCCUCAAUUUGUGCAUUUAAACUUCAGGAUGAAUUUACUGAAUCUUUUGAAGAUAAAUUAGAGAGCCAUUUGAUUUGUUUUAACUCAAACACAGCAUGUGAUAGGUGGCUCAACUUCUAUUUAGACAUAUUAGGAAGCUCCAUUGUGUUGAUUGCUACACUAUUAGCCAUUUAUAAUCGGCAUUCACUGUCUACUGCUGAAAUUGGUUUAAUGAUUACAUACACUCUGUCUGUUACUGAUGCAAUGAAGUGGUUUGUUAGAAUGAAUACUGAAUUGGAAAACAGAUCUAUUUCUGUUGAAAGAGUGGAUGAAUAUUGUGAAUUAAAAUCAGAAGCUAGUUGGAAACUGACUCAAGAAAAUGUGCCAGAUAAUUGGCCCUCAGAGGGUAAUAUACUUUUUCAGAAUUACAGCACAAGAUACAGAGAUGAUUUGGAUCUCGUAUUGAGGGAAAUAAAUCUCUCAAUUAACGGAGGAGAAAAAGUUGGAAUUGUUGGACGAACUGGUGCAGGCAAAUCUUCCAUAACAAUGGCCCUCUUUAGAGUAAUUGAACCAGUGUUAGGCACCAUUUUCAUUGAUGACAUUGAUGUCACACAAAUAGGACUGCAUACUUUGAGGUCAAAACUAACUAUAAUUCCACAGGAUCCUGUUUUGUUUACUGGCACUUUGAGGUCAAAUUUAGACCCCAAUGAUGAAUAUAGUGAGGAGGAAUUGUGGAAGAGUUUAGAGAGAUCACAUUUGAAAGAAUUUGUGUCAAAUUUAGUUGAAGGAUUAAACUACACUGUUGAAGAAAAUGGGGCCAAUCUUAGUUCUGGUCAAAAGCAGCUGGUUUGCUUAGCUAGGGCUCUUUUGAAAAAGACAAAAAUAUUGAUAUUGGAUGAGGCAACUGCAUCAGUAGAUAUGGAAACCGAUAAUCUCAUUCAAAAUACAAUCAGAACUGCGUUUGCUGACUAUACGGUCAUUACAAUUGCUCACAGAAUAAAUACGGUUCUUGAUUAUGAUAAAAUCAUAGUUAUGGAAAAUGGAAUGAUUCUUGAAAUUGGGAGCCCUUUACAAUUACAACAGAAUAAAGAAUCCAGAUUUUAUGAUUUGUGUAAAGAAUCAGCCUUAAUCUAAGGUUUCAAAUUUGUUUUAUUUUUUUUACGAUUUUAAAUAUCAGCUUAUUUAAGGAUUUUUUCAUCAUUUUCAAAUGAGCUUAUUAAUGUGAUUUUGAAUAUUAAAUGGUCUGGUCUGUAAAUUCAAUA